CGACAAUCGACUGGUCCUUAAACCACCAUUUCAACAACAAUCAAUCUCAAUUAAACCGCCCACCAUGCCAAAAGAACCCCUCACCAAAAACCUCCAGUUCGAAAAAAAGAACAAGGACAUGGUUAAACUUCCAAAACACGCCCGCAUCCAAAAACGCCCCAUCCCGCACCCCCCCAUCGCCUCCCCCUACGCCGGCUCCAGCAUCCCCAAAACCGUCUACGUAUCGACCUCCUCCCCCUUCAUGGCCGCCGUAAAACGCGUCCAGAAACUCCUCCGCCAGGCCGAAAAGCGCGCGACAGCCUCCGUGGAUCUCGCCAACGCGCGGAAGCGCAAUCAGCAGCGACUGGCGAUGGUGGGCCCCCGCGCCGGGGAGGAGCAGGGACCGGAGGGGGAGGGGCAGAAGGGGAAGGGGAAGGGGAAGGAGGAGGUGUUUGUUAAGGCUACGGGACGGGCGAUGGAGAAGGCGCUUGCUGUUGGGAAGUGGUUUGAGGAAAAGGGUGGGGAGGAGUUUGCUGUCCGGGUUAGUACGGGGAGUGUGCUUGUUGUUGAUGAUGUUGAGGAGGAGGAAGGGGAGAAAAGGGGGGUGGUGUCGGAGGGGGAGCGGGGAGAGGAUGACGCUGCUACCGGUGUUGAUGCGGGCCCGUCCACGACGGAAUCUACGGGGCGGAAAGAGGGGGGAAAGAAGAAUAAGAGGAAACGCACCGCUGAUCCAGCAGCUGCAGCGGAAGACGCCGAGUUACCCGAGACGCGGACGCGAUGGGUCAACAUGGUUGAGGUUGCCGUGAGCCUCAAGUGAAGGAAGAAUACACCAGCGAACCACCAAGGAAAGAAACCAAGAAGCCUUGAGAAAUUGGCGCCUGCCUAGCAUUGCAUGGCAUGGCAUGCUGUGGGCUGAGCCGCGGCAGGAACCGCAUCGCAGACCCAUCUGCAGCAACAGACGCGGGGCAGCGCUGCAUGUAUAUGGGUACGGACUGUUGAACACCCACACGCUUGGAUGACAGUUAUAGCGAUGGGAGAUAUCACCCGACCAUCAUUGUCUUUACUGUCUCGUCUAUACUCGUUGAGUAUAGUCUCCAGAGCACGACACAGCAGCAUCCAUCCAUAGGUUGUCUACGAUCCAGGAUGCUCGAUCGCAAGUGACCGGUGCAACACUCCGUC